UUCGACCGUUAAAAACUCAAGAACGCUCCCCAUCCCUCACUCUUCAAUACUCGAUCCUUCCAAAUUCAAUAACCCUAGAAUUUUUUUUUUUUUCCUGAAUCAAAUCUCUGAUUCUCCAAUCCAUCUAGUGCACCGAUGUCGACUCCGGUGAGAACGCCUCGCCAUUCUCGCUCGAGAUCAUCAGAUUCCUGUAAGUUUUCCGAGAACCUGCAACCCAAUAUCCCCAUCUCCACUCCAUCGAAGAAAUCUACGCCAUCUAAGAAGUCCGCAAGCAGAUCGGCGUCAAAAGCUAGAAAUCCUUCGCUUUUCUCUCCCCCUCCACCUCCACGGCCGCGUGAGAGGAAGUUCGUCAUCGCCAAGAAGAGUAACUCUACAAAACAGGCGAACGAUCUCGAGGCCAAGAAGCGACAGGAAGCCGCAUAUGAGAAGCUCCGUUCUUCACAAGAAGAGUUCUUUAAGAAGGACAUGGUGCCCUUGCUCAAGGCUGAAGCGUCGAAGAAUGAACGGGAGAAAGAGGAGCUGAAGGAAAAAGAGAGUUUGGAGAGGAAGACGAAGAGUAUGUUAAUGGAGGAAGCGAUGAACAGUAUUCCAGAGCCAGGGUCUGGGAGGGUGAAGCAUCUCGUGAAGGCUUUUGAGAGUCUUCUUUCUAUUUCGGAGAAGGGGGAAAGUGGGAAGGAGAGGAAGAAUAUAUUGAUGGACUGGUUGAUGCCUAACUUGGCACCAAAGGCUGAAGAGAGUAAUGGAUGCGACUGUCUUUCUUCACCUGGUUUUUCUGCUGCUGAGAUGUUCCCUGUUAGAGGACAUGAAAGGGAGCAGAGGCUUUGCUCUUCUUUGGAUGGGCUUGAUGGAAGGUUGAGUUUGUCUAGCAGAGCAUCUGGGGCAGGAAGGAGGACUAGGCGCCAUAGCCUUGAUUCCUCAAGGAAGAGCUGGAACAAGAAGCUUCAGGUGACAAACCAACGGCCUUUCAAGUUGAGAACUGAGCAAAGAGGGAGGCUUAAAGAGCAGAUAUUUGUGAAGAAGGUGACUGAAAUGCUGCUAGAGGAGGAGAAAAGAAGAAUACCAAUUGCACAAGGAAUGCCAUGGACCACCGAUGAGCCUGAGUUCUUAAUCAAACCACCUGUAAAGGAGUCUACUGAACCACUUGAUAUUGUGCUUCAUAGUGAUGUUCGAGCGGUUGAGCGGGCAGGAUUCGAUCAAUUUGUUGCAGAGAGGCUAGAAUUGGCUAAGCAGUUUAAAUUGGAAAAGGAAAGAAGACAAAAGAUGGAAGAAGAGGAGGAAAUAAGGAGGUUGAGGAAAGAACUUGUACCCAGAGCUCAGCCCAUGCCUUAUUUUGACAGGCCGUUCAUCCCCAAAAGGUCUGCAAAGCCGAGGACGGUCCCAAAGGAGCCAAAGUUUCAUGUCAAACCCGCCGAAGAAUCAUGUUACAAAGCAACAAAUCAGUGUUUGUUUGGUAGGAAGAUUUGCGAGCAUUCAAUGAUCAAAGAAAAUGAGGCCAUGUGAGCUGCUUUUCAUGGAGCUGCUGAUCAUGCUAAUUCUUAAAUGUUUCCACCAUUUUUUACAUAAUUGACCUGCAUGAAAAUAAUUUCUUGCAUUGUAAUUUUUGAAUUUAGAAUGGUUGGGUGAUAUGAGAGAAUAUGUGAGGAGUAUUUUGCUAUUUUCUUUGUAAAUAUAUUUUUCAG